AUGGACAGAGAUAACUACAGUAUGUCUAAUCUUAUUGCAGGGUUUCCAAUAACAUUCAGUUCCAACAUGAAGACUGACCUCUGUCCAUCAACCAGGAUUGGCCAGGAUGACCUACCAGGCUAUGACUUAAUUUCACAGUUCCAGCUUGACAAAGCUGCUUCCAGAGGAAUUAUCCAACGCGUAGUGGGUUCCACAUCUUUACAAGUUGCUUACAAAUUAGGUACCAAAGUAGACUUCAGGAUUCCUACUAGAUCCUUGUAUCCUCAUGGACUACCCGAUCUAUAUUCCAUUCUAACUACUUUUCGGAUGACUGGGAAUACAGUUCAGAAAUCCUGGAGCCUGUGGCAAGUUCUAGAUUCUUCUGGAAAAGAGCAAGUUGGACUGACGCUUAAUGGGCCAGCCAAAUCUCUUGAAUUCUCAUAUAAAGGAAUUGAUGGAAGUCUUCAGAAAGCAACAUUUUUGGAUUUGCCUUAUCUUUUUGAUUCCCAGUGGCAUAAAGUUAUGGUCGGUAUAGAAAAAAAGACUGUCACACUUUAUAUCGACUGUGCUAUGAUACAAACUCUAGCCAUAAAGCCGAGAGGAAAGAUCAAUGUUGAUGGUUUUACCACAUUGGGAAAACUGAAAAAUAAUCCUCAAAUUUCAGUUCCGUUUGAGAUCCAGUGGAUGAUGAUUCAUUGUGACCCUCAGCGUCCUCAGAGGGAAACCUGUAGUGAACUUACAAUCAGGAGCUCGAUAAGCCAGACAAUCAUAAAGAGAGGCCCUCCAGGUCCGCAAGGCCCCCCAGGCCCCCCAGGCCCCCCAGGCGUUCCUGGCAUCGAUGGCAUUGAUGGAGACAGAGGUCCUAAUGGCCCCCCAGGCCGUCCAGGUCCUGAUGGUGAUGCUGGAAAACCAGGUGUGCCUGGAUUGCCAGGGGUACCAGGAGCUGAUGGAUUGACAGGACCUGAUGGAUCACCAGGUCCAGCCGGUCCAAAAGGACAAAAGGGUGAAGUGGGGUUGCCUGGAGGCCGUGGACUUCCUGGAAAGGGCAUUCCUGGACCUCCUGGUCCUCCUGGUAUAGGAGGACUGCCUGGAGAAGUGGGAAGAGUUGGGCCACCUGGUGAUCCUGGAAAGAGAGGCCCCCCAGGAGUGCCAGGACCUCCAGGUCCAAGGGGAACAAUUGGCCUUCAUGGUGGAGAUCCACUGUGUCCAAAUGCUUGCACACCUGGCCAUCCAGGACCUGCUGGCAUGAUGGGCAUGAAGGGCCACAAAGGAGCAAAAGGUGAGGGUGGUGAACCAGGAAAGCAAGGCUAUAAGGGAGAAGAAGGCGAAGAAGGACGAAUAGGUGACAUCGGAGAUCAGGGCCCUCCGGGACCUCAAGGGUUAAGAGGAUUCAUUGGCAUAAUGGGCCCCAAAGGUGAUAAAGGUGCUCGUGGUUUUGAUGGAGAGCCUGGUCCUCAAGGUCUUCCAGGGGCAGCUGGUGAUCAGGGACAAAGAGGUUCACUAGGAGAAACAGGCCCGGAAGGAGAGAGGGGUCCACAAGGCAUUAGAGGAAUUACUGGUCUUCCUGGGCCAAAAGGAGAAACUGGCUUACCUGGAGUUGAUGGCCGUGAAGGGAUACCUGCCAUGCCAGGAGCAAAGGGUGAACCAGGAAAACCAGGACCUCCAGGUGAUAUAGGAAUUCAGGGAAUCCCUGGUUUACAUGGCUCUUCUGGAGCAAAAGGUGUUGCUGGCUCAAAGGGUAAUGCUGGUCCUCCAGGGAAACCUGGCUUGAUGGGAAAUUCGGGUAAACCUGGAGAACAAGGACCCCAAGGAGAACCAGGACCAGUUGGCCCCAAAGGCCCAUUAGGUAGCAGAGGUGAGCCAGGCCCUGCUGGUCCUCCAGGGUCACCAGGUAAAAUGGGUGCCGAGGGAGACAUUGGACUCCCAGGUUUACCAGGGCCCCCGGGACUGCCUGGCGCUAAAGGCAACAGGGGUUCAGCUGGUGGGCGAGGGCCAAAAGGACAACAAGGACAUGCUGGGGGAGAAGGAGAGCCUGGACAAAGAGGCGACCUGGGUGAUGCGGGUUUGCCAGGCCCUAAAGGAUCUGUUGGGAAUCCUGGUGCAGCUGGUUCACGUGGGCCAGAAGGAAACCGUGGUGUGCCUGGCAUAGAAGGAUUUCGUGGGCCACCUGGCCCCCGUGGUUUACAAGGGGAACAAGGGUCUCCAGGGCUGCCCGGCAGCCAGGGACCAGCGGGCAGAGAGCCAACUGAUUUGCAUAUUAAACAGGUUUGCAUGAGAGUAAUACAAGAACAAAUGGCACAGAUGGCUGCUAGUCUUCGGAGGCCUGAAUUUGGGGCUCCUGGCCUCCCAGGCCCACCUGGCCCACCUGGUUCCCCUGGACCUCCAGGAGACAGUGGCUUCCCAGGACAGGCUGGAUCCCGGGGAUUGCCUGGUCUUAAAGGCCCUCCUGGUGACAUUGGGUUGAAAGGUCCCAAAGGUGAAACAGGUGAAAAGGGGGAGAGAGGAUUCCCAGGUCAAGGGCCCAAGGGCUUACCAGGAACAGUAGGGCUCCCUGGAGAACCUGGCAAGCCCAGCUAUGGCACUGAUGGGCGAGAUGGCGAGAGAGGCCCCCCUGGAGCAGCUGGUUCCCCUGGUGUUCCGGGUCCCCCUGGCCCUCCAGGUCCUCCUGGUUAUUGUGAACCGUCAGCCUGUACUGUGGAAGCUGGAUUACAAGGAGGGCUGAAUGUGAAAGGGCCAUGAAAAACUCAGCUUUCAAUUAAAUGACACGAAGUUUUGGAAACCAUCUUUGCUCCGCAGAGAUAUCUGACAACCAAGAGAAACCAG